CAUGGCACAGACACUCCGUCGUGCGCGGCCGUCAAAUAACCGUUGAUAUUCGUUGGGGGGUAAAUACACCACCGCGUACAAUCCAAGGACUCAGUCAGUGAUCGAGAGGCAUUUCGGUCAGACAGGCUCUCUGAGCGCAGACGGAUAAACAAAAAUUGUGCAAUUGAAAAAAAAAAAAAAAACAUAUAAAAAUAGAAAAUUAUUGUUUCCAUUGUUUAUUUAUUUUAAUAAUCAUAAUUUUAUUUAUUUUAUUAAUUUUUAUUUAUUUAAAUUUUUGAUAAUAAAAAAAAAAAACAAUUUUCUUAUCAAAGUUUAAACGUGAAAUAAUCUAAAAUAAUAUAUAUAUAUAAUUUUGAAUUAAUAAAUUAGAUUUUAAUUAUUAGCCAUCAUUUGUGUAUACUGUGUAAUGUUUCACAUUUUUUAUUAUUUUUUUGGGUCAAUGGUUAUAACAUUUACACAAUAUUAUACCCCUAAAAGUUCAAGUGUAACACGAGGAAACUAUUUUAACGGCUGAAUUAUUAUAAAAGUUUUGUAAUACUUGAAGAAAAUUUCGUCGAGAAAUUUUGACGAAGAGAUGAUUUCUCAUUGAUCAACGUAAAAAAAAGAAGUAUCAAACAAAAAGCGCUUGUGAAUGGAUAGAGCUUAUCAAGCUCUCUCUAUCUGUGGAAAAAUAAAAAAUAGGAAAAGCAGUAAGAACAAUCUUCAAGAUCAAAUUAAAAGAAGAUACAAAAAAAAAACUAUUAAGUGUUAAUGAGACUAAUGAUAGUGAAAUACCAAUUAAACGUAAAAAAAAAAUUGAAUACAAUUAAUUGACUUGUAAAAAUAUUUCUACGGAUGUUAUAAAAAUUAUUAUAAAAUAUGUUGUCACGGUGGUGUCUUUGUUUGGGAUCGAAGAAUCAAGAUCCGCCUUAUCAACAAUCAACGACAUCGAGGACAGGAUUGUUCUCCAUCAGUGCAGCAGCAGAAGAAGCUGAGCAUCGAAUGUUUUUUUUUGAUAAUCGAAAUAAAAGUUGUAAACAACUUUUAAGACAAAAUGGCUUGCCAAGCAAGGUCAUUCUUUUUCCCGAUGAAAGUUGGGCAAGGAACGCAUGUAGUUCCCAUUGGACAGUAACUCCAUUUUGGUGGAGUCAAAGUAUGUGCAAAAUCGUUGAAGUGACUGGCUCGCGAAGAUAUUCGACACGUGGUAAAAUGGUCGAUACUGGACCUGGAACCCUCAAUAUUCUUGGGUCUUUUAAGAAACAAAACGUCGAUCCAGAUUUCAAGCUGUAUUUGACAUCAAAUGUGGCGAGAUCUGACUUCAAUAUGGGAUAUUCGAUGACGGGGACUUUGGAAAGAGGAAGUUUAAAAAAAAAUAAAUUUGAAAUGACGCAUUUUGCCAUAAUAAGGCGGCGAGAUUUUGUCGAAGCCAUGGAACAAUCUAGUCCAUAAAGUUAAAUAAUAAAACAAUAAGUGUAAAAAUAAUUUUAAAAAUAUUUUCAUAGUGAAAAAGUGAAAAAUUAAAAUGAAAAAAAAACGUCAACAACGUAAUUUUAUAAAUAAAAAAAAAAUAAGGUGUCAAGUUAUGUGAUUAGUGAUGUGCGAAAAAAAUUUAUUGGAAUUGCUUUUAAAUUAUUUUGCUAAUUUAGCUGAAAAUUUUAAAAAUGGAAAUUAAAGAUCGUGGAAAAAAGAGAGAAGAAAAAAAACGAGGAAAAAAUUCGUUGCGUUAUUUUAUUUGCAAUAUUUAAAAUAUUCAAAAAAAAAAAAUACAAGCAUUUAAAUGUUGUCACGUAUCUCGACAAUGUUUUUUUUCCUCGUAGUUUUUUUUUCUUUUGAAAUUUAAAAAAAAAACAGCAAGAAUUUACUGAUAAUUAUUAUUUAUACCGUAAAAGCUGGUGUGAAAAUAGUAGAGGCAACAAAAAAAAAAUGGGAUAAAACUAUCAGACAUCCUUCAACCAUAUCAUCUAGGUGUUCAUUACAAAGACCAACACUUCAGGAGGAUAUUACAUACAUUCUCACAUGUCUAACACUCUCAAUUUUCCUAUUUUUCUUUUUUUUAUUUAUUUCAUCCCCUAGUCAUCCAAAACAAGCUUCAGUUUGAUCAAUAAAAAAAAAAACUAUAACUCACGUACAUCAGGUAUGAAAAUAUUAAUUAUAAUCUAUAAACAAAAUAUAAAUAUAUAUAUAUCGAUUAUACUACCCUCCUAUACUUUGGCGUUAGAAGCAUUUCGUAAUAUGGAAUUUUAUAAAAAAUUAUUUUUUUAAUUCAUUAACCUUCGUACAAAGUAUUUUAUUACAAAAUAAACCUGAUUUUUCUCAAUUUAAUUAUUUAUUUAAUUUAAAAAAAUACUAUGAAGCUUCAGAAUACUUAUAAUAAUUAGAAUUAUAAUACCUAUAAGUGUUCAAAUUCUAUCGUAAUAUAAAUUGUUUAGAAAUUAAAUCAUUAAUCUAGUCAUUUAAUCUAGUCAAUAGUUUAAAAAAUUAGGUUUAAAUUAAGAAUGCCAUUUGAAUUGUAAUUCAAGUAUAUAUAGCUUUUUAAAAUAUAUAUUAAUAAUAUCCAAAUGGAUUACUCCUCGGUUCGGGUAUGUCAAACCAAAUCGAUAGCAUUAUAUUCGAAAAAAAAAAAAAAUCUACUAGAUAUAUUCUCUUCCAUUAAGCCAUAAAUUAAAAAAAAAAAGAAAAAUUAAUUUAAUAAACUCGCAACUUUAUGAAAGUAAAAAACAUAUAUACCUAUAUCUUUCAGAAAUUAUUAUAAAUUAAUAUUCGUUGCUAUCGUUUUAGCUUGCCAGUUGACCGAAUGUCAAUUAUAUUAUUUAUACAAAUAAAUUCAACAAUAAAAUAUUCAUUUCAACCAUAAUUAAUUCUAAUAAUAAUAUUGUCGUUUGACUUGACGAGAUUUUAAUUCAAACUAUCGUUAUUAAAUGUCUUCGCAUCUGUUUAAAAAAAAUAUCCGUUGUAAAUAUUUGUGUUUGAUAUUUUAUCAACAAUGCAUGAAUUAAUUGAUUAUUAAUUUUUAAUUUAUUAAUAUUUUAUGUAUAAAUGUCAUUUUGUUUUUGAUAUUUUAAAUGGGGAUGCUAAGUGUAUCUUUUUAUAUUGAUGACUAUUGAAUGAGUUUGCAUUAUUGUAUAAUAUUGUUUAUUUGUGACAGAAAAAAUAUUGAAUAAACUUUUAUGGGGAGGAUAUAACUAAUGACAGUAAUGACUAAUACGGAAACACGAUACGAUGACAAUCCUACUGUUUUUAUCAUUUAUUUUAUUUUAUCAGAAUAAGUCCAUUAAUGUGGUCUUUCACAAAUUGAGACUCAUUCAAUUAGAAUUUGUGGAAGAUAUAUAGGUUAAAUUACAAUUCACCAUUCAAACCCAUCAAAACUUGUGAAUUGUUUUUUUCUUUUUUAUUAUUAAAAUGCGUAAUAGAUAUUUUAGUUGAGUAUACGAAUUAGGUAUAAAUAAUUUUAGCUGUAUAUACUCCCAUCUAAUUGAUAAUAUAUAAUUAAUCAGUAUAAUCAUAAUAAAUUAAUAUAUAGGUAUAUGUCAAAGAUAUAAUGACAAAAACGCACGGUAGUGUCAAAAACGCACACGGAUUGUUAUUUUUUUUUCUAUUCUAAAACAAUACUGAUAAUUGACAACUAAGUGAGAAUUAAACCAAAAAAAAAACCAUGAACUUUCUCAACUACAGUGAGCCAUAGGAAUUGAAAAUCAUUAUCAAAAAUUCAUCAUAACAUUCCAGUUUGUCCAUGAUUUUUCAAACACAAUUUUUCUUAAAUUGUUUAAUUUUCUUUUUAAUUUUUAGUCGUUCUUUAUAAUUUAUAUUUAAAUGGAAUU